ACUCAUCUUCAAAGCCAAAAAUCAAAUCUCUGAUUGCAAAGAUUCAGUUUCAAGAUCAAUCUUUCUUGAAAUCGUCUGAAAACACUCACACAAGCCAAAAAUAUAAGCGUCUGAUUCCAAAAGAUUCCAUUCCAAGAUCGAUCUUUCUUGAGAAAUCUGCGUUUUUUCGAGAGAUCGGUAGUUUCUGAUGAAGAAUCAAUCGGAAGUUCCAUAGAAUGGCAGAGCAGGCGAUCGAGAAGAAGUCGUUUGAAGAUGAUGAUCCGACGAGCAGUGCGAAGAAAGAAGACGUUACGAACGAUCCAGAAUUCCUCAGCUGUCUGCUUCAGCCUUCGCCUGCGGACUCUGAUCCCAAUUACAUUGGAAUUCGCCGUCUUCUCCUCUCUCGUAAAGCUGAGUCUGGUUUUCUUCGCCGCAAGGACUGGAGAUGCAAUGGAAAAGGAUAUGUCGCUUUUCGUAAUUACAUUAACAGGCCGCAGAAUUGGGAAAGUUUACACACACCGAGCCAUUCAAGCACUCCUGGACAAAGUGGGCGAUGGAUGCCAUCUUCAAGUCCACUCUCCAUUUUAUUAGAUGUGGACAGCUGGAGCACUAACCGGGAGCUACAAAGUGGCAGUCAAGCAUUGAGUCAGAGUCUGAGCUUCAGCUCAAAUGCUAGCGAUAGUGAUUACCCACGUAGAAGGUCUGAACCUGCAUAUUCUUUUGUGGGGAUGCAUUGCAUCUUCGACCAAUGCAAAGCGAUGGGUAUGUUUCUUAGAUGAUCAAUCUGCUACGGUUUCUUUCCAUCCUUCAGUUGUUUAUCUAUCUAACAUAAACAUUGUUAUUUCCAGUUACGGUUAUAAAGU